CUUGAUAAACACAAGGGAUGCGACAUCAUCGACCUCCAUCCUGGCGCUUGUGUCUGGUCUCAAAAGAUACACGACUACCUCAAACCACGUCGCCAUCUCCUUCUCGAGCCUGACGAGCGUUAUCUCGAUCCCUUCAUCAAGCCAUUGCUAGAUCAAAAGGAUUCGGCUUACCGUCACAGUUUCCUUUCUGGCGCCCACCCAAAGUCGUACUGGGGGACGUACGAUCGUAUUUUCGACGAUCAUCUCCUGCCGAAGCGAGUCCCUCUUGGAAAGAACGAUCCACGUCUGCGCGAACCCAAUAACUCGCUCCUGGUCAUCGGCAGCCUUGUCCGCCGCUAUCCCGAACGUAACAAAGCAAACAAUGUCCACUUUCCGAGUUUGGUCCUACACCAUAUGGCCGAAGCUGCUCAAGUCAAUUCAAUGUUCCAACGUUACGGUCUGGUGCGCAUGCUGCUUUGGGUUCCCGAAGAAAUCAUCCCCAGUGUCUUGCCUAACUCUAUGCUGUUCAAGCUUGGCUACUCUGUAAGCUUGGAGGCCGCUCUUGAUAUUACCCAAGUUGUCGGCGGCGACCGCUGGAGCCUCACCCGCAGUGAAGCUACCAAAGCACAGAAACACCAACAACGUCGAGACCAACUUGAUACCUGGAGCUCUCGUCGCGUUCUUGCGAGUAUGCAGGAAAAGGGCAUGACCUUGCCCGAGCAUCGUCGCCCAGAAAUGCAUCAGAGAGCUUUGGUCACUGAUGACAAGGCUCUUCAAGACUACAAUCCUAUACGCUUGCCUGAAGGCAUGAAUUUCUCGCAAACUCUUGCACAUAUUGAGAAGGAGAUCAAGCAGUUGGAAGAAUUUCCAACCCUUCCAAAAGUGUCCCGAUACAGGUUCGCCGAGCAGCCACACAGAUACAAGUUCACCAACAUCAGUGAGGAGAUCACAAACCCAACCGAGCUGAACCGCUGUGGGCGCUUCGUCGACAUCUGGGGUGUACAAAUUGCCCUCGAGCUCGAGUACAAUGCAACCAAAUCCACAAUGUCUGAGGAGCUGCGAUUGGAUGCCCACUCGCGGCUUGUCGCAACCAGCAUUAAGCUCAAAGAGCUUUUCGAGCUGCUAUUUCAAAAGAGAACAAGGAAGAGCAUGACCGUCCUGCUCGACGAGCUCUUUGCGCUUUGUAAGAAGAACACAAUGCUGGCAUGGGAUCGACGACCCUAUGAACCAUUGAUCGUGGCCGAAGAAGAGUUCUGGCCCCGCUUCCCUAUGCAGUUGCUCGAUAUCACGCCGAGGCCGGAAGCGUUGGGUAACGACUUGAUGGAUACGGCCGAGGCCAACCAAGUAAGACGUGGUCUGAUCAAAGCGUUGUUUACUCAUCCAUCAUCGCCAUUGUUAGAGUCGAUCGAGCGACUUGGGGCUGGAGCACGAGAAGGACUUGUUGUGCCUGAGUUCACAGACCCACUUGCUGGUGGAAGAAUCGAUCCCAGCCAGCUUCUGACCAAGGACAUCACUCGAGAGCAAUUGAAUGCGCUCACAAAGGCGUACAUCGAGUGGCCAUUCCGACCAAUUGGAGCGGAAGCCAUCGAAGCACAGGCAAUGUUGCAGGAAUCGGUCGAGGUAUAA